CUGUGCUGUCGGGCCCUUGUGUUGAAAUUUGCAGACAUCGGCCGCGCCGCUAGUAAACACUCUUUAAAAAUUAACAUCCUACCAUCCAAGAAAAGUAAACGCCCGGCUGCGGAGGGUGCUCGAGUCGAUGAGAAAGGUCCGUUAAAAUUCGUUCAGCGAAUUUUUAGCAAGCCCAAAGGGAAUUGCUCCCUGUCGUUAAAGGAAAUUUCUAAGAGUUGUGGGCGACAGUCCUCGGUGGCGCGCCCGGCUAACAUGAAUCACACACCUGCACCCGACAGGCCACAGCAUGACCCUCACGUGAACCAAGUCGAAGAAAUGGAGACGCAGGAAGUGGAAACUGUUGAUACAUGCACAGAUAAGAUUUGGAUGGAGGAACUUAUCAAGGGACCCAAUGGGGGCGUAGUUAUGAGUGAUGUUAUGAAAAACCAAGAAACUUCAUCCACUGAUAUGGGGUUGGCAUGUUUGGACGCGGAAAUGGAAGACGAUGAAGCAAGAUCGGAAGCAACUUUUAGGUUCACAGUUCAUAAUUUCCGUAACCUGAAGGAUUCUGUUCUAUCACCUCCAUGCUAUGUCCGUAACCUGCCAUGGAAAAUCAUGGUGAUGCCCCGUCAAGCCCCAUCCCCUGACCGUCAACAGCAGAAGUCGUUGGGUUUCUUCCUUCAGUGCAACGGGGAGAGCGAGUCCUCAUCGUGGUCCUGUCAUGCGAUGGCCGAACUGAGACUGCUCUCCCACAAACCCGAAACUGAGCCGUUCUAUAGAAAGAUUCAGCAUUUGUUUUAUAGUAAGGAAAACGAUUGGGGUUUCUCCCACUUCAUGUCAUGGAAUGAUGUAUUGGACCCCGAGAGGGGUUACAUUAAGGAUGAUUCCAUCACACUAGAAGUCCAUGUUACUGCGGAGGCGCCCCACGGAGUCUCCUGGGACUCGAAGAAGCACACCGGCUAUGUUGGUCUUAAGAAUCAAGGAGCCACCUGCUAUAUGAAUUCCCUUCUUCAAACUUUGUAUUUCACCAAUCAGUUGAGGAAAGCUGUUUACAAAAUGCCCACAGAGUCAGAUGACAGUACACGGUCUGUAGCUUUAGCCCUACAAAGAGUGUUCUAUGAAUUGCAAUUCUCCGAUAAACCAGUUGGCACUAAGAAGCUCACUAAGAGUUUUGGUUGGGAAACUCUCGAUUCAUUCAUGCAACAUGAUGUACAGGAGUUUUUGAGGGUGCUGCUAGACAAAUUGGAAAGCAAGAUGAAAGGUACCUGUGUGGAGGGAACUGUACCUAGAUUGUUUGAAGGGAAGAUGACUUCAUACAUUAAGUGCAAGAACGUUAAUGUUUCCAGUACAAGAGUCGAAACUUUCUAUGAUAUACAGCUCAACAUUAAAGGGAAAAAAAACAUUGAUGAGUCAUUCAAAGAUUACAUAAGCACCGAGACUCUGGAUGGUGAGAACAAGUAUGAUGCUGGUGAGCACGGGUUACAAGAGGCUGAGAAGGGCGUCAUCUUCGCUGCGUUCCCGCCGGUUCUGCACCUGCACCUCAUGAGGUUCCAAUAUGACCCCAUCACGGAUAGCUCGGUGAAGUUCAAUGACAGGUUCGAGUUCUACGAGCACAUCAACCUGGACGCGUACCUGCAGGAGAAGCCGGAGACGCCCGCCGACUACACGCUGCACGCGGUGCUCGUGCACUCGGGCGACAACCACGGGGGGCACUACGUGGUGUUCAUCAACCCCAGGGGGGACGGGAAGUGGUGUAAGUUUGACGACGACGUGGUGUCACGCUGCACCAAGCAGGAGGCGAUCGAGUACAACUACGGCGGCCAGGACGAGGACAUGGCGCUCACGGUCAGGCACUGUACCAACGCUUAUAUGUUGGUCUAUAUUAGGGAUUCUCAAUUAAAGACUGUGUUACAAGAGGUCACUCAAGCAGACAUACCGACGGAACUCAGCGAACGAUUGGCGGACGAGAAGAGAAUAGAAACUAUCCGCCGCAAGGAGCGCAACGAGGCGCAUCUAUACAUGAACGUGAACGUGGUACUCGAAGAAGCGUUCGACGGACAUCAAGGGAAUGAUCUGUACGAACCGGAGAGGGCUCACUGCCGCGUGCUGAGGGUCCGGAAGCAGGCGACGCUGGCAGAGCUGCUGGCGGCGCUGUCGGACCACUUCCGGUAUCCGCGGGCUCACCUACGGCUGUGGCCGUUUAGCGCUCGCUCCAACCAGACGUGCCGCCCAACCUGUCUAGAUAUAGCCAACGACCAAAACAAAACUAUAGUAGACAUAUCAGAGAAUAUGAACCCGUGGAGUGUGUUCCUAGAGAUGUUACCGCCGGACUCGGGACUGAACGCACUGCCGCCCUUCGACAAGGAGAACGAUGUAGUGCUGUUCUUUAAGUUCUAUGAUCCCAAACAGAAGAGGAUCCACUACUGCGGACAUCACUACUUACCGAUAGCAAGCAAACCCGCUGACUUGAUACCCAUACUUAAUAAGAGGGCUGGCUUCCCCCCGGACACUCCUUUGAACUUAUAUGAAGAGAUCAAACCAGAUUUUGUGGAGAAAAUCAACAAUUAUAAUGAUCCCCUCGAAAAGGUAUUGGACGAGCUGAUGGACGGGGACAUCAUCGUGUUCGAGCGGGCCGAGCGACACGACGACCUCGAGCUGCCGACCUGCCAGGACUACUUCAAGUACAUCUUCUACAAGGUGGAGGUGCAGUUUGUUGACAAGACCGUGCCCAACGACCCCGGAUUCACAAUGGAGCUUUCGAUGCAGAUGCGUUACGAUCAGAUGGCGCGUGCUGUCGGCCAGCGGCUGAACGUGGACCCCUUCCUCAUACAGUUCUUCAAGUGUCAGAAUUACAAGGACACGCCGGGGAUGCCGCUCCGGUACUCGUACGACGGCAUCCUCAAGGAGCUGCUGGUGUACUGCAAGCCCAAGUGCCCCAAGAAACUGUUCUACCAGAUACUGUCCAUCAAGGUCAACGAACUCGACAACAAGAAGCAGUUCAAGUGUCUAUGGGUCGGUCCGAAUUAUAAAGAAGACAAGGAGUUAAUUUUAUAUCCAAAUAAAGGUGGUAAAGUGUCGGAUAUUUUAGAAGAGGCGGCCAAAGUAGUGGAAAUGUCUCCCGAGGGAUCUGGAAGGUUAAGGAUCGUGGAGGUGUCGUGUCACAAGGUGUUGCCGGGGCCGGACCCCGAGCUGACGCUGGACCAGGUGACCAUCUCCCCGCCGCGCCUCUAUAGGAUAGAGGAGAUACCGCGCGACGAGAUCGACCUACAGGAGGACGAGAUCCUGGUGCCGUGCGCUCACUUCCAGAAGCAGGUGUACUCAACAUUCGGCAUACCGUUCUACGCGAGACUCAAACACCACGAGCCCUUCGCCGCGCUCAAGGAUCGGCUGCAGAGGAAGUUAGAUGUGCCUGACAAGGAGUGGGAGAAGUACAAUUUUGCAAUAGUGACGAAUGGCCGACCUAAUUAUAUAAGUGAAGGAGCAACUAUUAACAUAUACGACUUCAGAACUACUAGUAAUGCGAAUGCGACGGGUCGGCCGUGGUUGGGUCUUGAACACAUCAACAAAACGCCAAAACGUUCGCGUGUCAACUACCUCGAGAAACCCAUCAAGAUAUAUAACUGA